AUGUUGAAUUGCGUUGUGUUUUCCUUCAUUGCAACACGGACAAACCGAUCACCUUUGGUGCUUUUAGCUUUCGCUUGGGGAGUUGAAGCCCAACGGUACUCCAACUACUACCCUCGGGGCUAUACUGGCCGCAAUCUAUAUGAACAUGGCAGGUCCAUAUCAGAUGACUUAGUACGUUGCGGACCAAACACAUGCGGUGUGGGUGCACAUUGCACGCACGGAAGUGUGCGGCCUGUGUGCGCUUGCCUCCCAGGCUACUCAGGAGAUCCAUUGUCACAGUGUGUCAAGAUUGAGUGCGUUGACAAUAGUGAAUGUCGCGGUCACCAAUCGUGUGUCAACCAACACUGUAUUAAUCCUUGCGAUGGGGCGUGUGGUACUCAUGCUAACUGUGAGGUUCGUCAACACGUGCCAGUAUGCUCCUGUCCCGCUGGUUACACUGGAAACCCCUUCACAGCCUGCAGAAUCGCUGAUCCCGAGGAGGCCUGCCACCCAUCUCCGUGCGGUUCCAACACCAAGUGCCACGUUGCCAAUAACCAGGCCAUAUGUACCUGCCUUCCUGGAUACCUUGGUAGCCCCUUAACAGGCUGCCGACACGAGUGCGACUCGGACAGCGACUGUAACGCGCAACAAUCGUGUCGCGACUUCAAAUGUGUCAGCCCAUGCAGCGAUUGUGGAGUCAACGCCGACUGUGAGACUGUUUCCGCCCAUCGCGCUAUCUGCAAGUGUCCAAGAGGCUACCACGGUGACCCGUAUAGAAUCUGCUCAGCGGAAUGUACAUCAGACAGCGAAUGUCCCAGUUACAAACCCGCCUGUGUUUACAACGCAUGCGUCAACCCGUGCACGAACGCUUGCGGUGUGAACGCAGAUUGUAACUUACGCGGUGUGACGCCCGUAUGUUCAUGCCCUAAGACUAUGACCGGAGAUCCCUUCACAUUUUGCAGGCCCUUCGAAGCACGCGAUCUUUGCGAGCCCAACCCUUGCGGUGCAAACGCCAAAUGUACACCAGGCCACGACCGUACGGGCGCUGAACGGCCCGUCUGUACUUGCCCUACUGGAUACCGUGGAAACGCGCUUGUCUCUUGUGAAAAGGGUGAAUGCGAGUUAGACUCGCAAUGUGCCGACCACUUGGCGUGUGUGGGCUACGAGUGUGUCGACCCAUGCCUUGGCAAUACGCAGUGCGGCUCUGGUGCCGUUUGUAUGGCCAGACGUCACAUUGCUGUCUGCACUUGCCCGGGAGAUCAUCACGGCGAUGCCCUAGUGAACUGUUACCAAAGUCACUCCGAAGCCGUGUCAACCCGUUACUACAGAUACAAGCGUAAUGGAAAUUUCACUCAAGAGUUGCCUCAAGUGCCAACGCUAGCUGCUAACUUAACUGAAGCGAAACUCGAAGCAUCCCCAGAAAAUCUGGAAACCGAGAAACAAAACUAA